GGCAGGCAGCGCGGCCUGCGGGGUCCGUCAGGCCCUGAGGGGCUCGCUGGGCCCCUGGGGUAGAUGCGGCACCCCAGGGCGAUUCACUCCUCGCUGGAGGGGGACCACGCUUCCCCGGGGGGAUGAGAGGCCCCUAAACCAUCUGGACUUCACGAUGAGGAUGAUUGAGAGCGUUGACUCCGUGGUCGCCAAGUCCAGCGAAGACCUCUGGGCAGAAAUCUGUUCGUGUCUGCCACAUCCCGACCUGAAGGACGCCAGCGAUGCUUUUACAGACUCCUUCAUGGAUUCUUACACCGACGGAGGAAGCCAGGGCAGUGGAUCAGAUGUCUCUUCCCAAAGAGACCUGAAGCCCUGGGCACCCCUGAAUGAUUCGGAGGUGUAUUUGGCAUCCCUAGAGAGAAGACUGAUGAGAAUUAAAGGCUUGUCUCAGGAGGUGACCUCCAAGGACAUGCUGCGCACUCUCUCCCAGGCUAAGAAGGAAUGCUGGGACAGGUUCCUGCAGGAGAAAUUUGAGUCUGAAUUUUACGUAGAGGGACAUGACUCUGAUGAGAGCACACUAGAACAUCUAAAGCGAUGGCUGCAGCCUGACAAGGUGGCAAUCAAUACGGAGGAGGUACAGUACCUCAUCCCUCCGGAAUCUCAGCCAGAGAAGCAGGAGACCGAGGGAGACCCUCCAGCUGCCGAGCAGUGAGGUACGCGCCAGCCCUGCCACAGAGCUGCUCUUGGCCCAGCCCGAGUGAAGUUGUAUCCAGCAACAGUAAUACCAGGGGGACAGAGCAAAAGUGCCAAUUAUCAGUCAUUUAAAAAAAUAAAAACAACCCCAACACACAGAAACCCAGCUCUGGACCCCCAGAGACAGUGACUGGCAUUUGUUGCGGUCAAGAGUGACGCCUGUGACACAGCGUGUGCUGAACUGAAGUCUUACUUUCAUCUUCUCCCAGCCUGUAGCAACCUGAUCAUUCCAGUCUGAAUGUGAAUUGUUUGUAAUUCAUCAGGAGACACAUUAAACAAAAAAUAGUUAUUCAGAAGCAUCAGAAAACAUAAUGGUCUAGGAUAGAACAGAUAAAUCCACUGAAUCAGUUUUUCUUCCUGUCUUGUACCUUUUUUAUUACUCAAUUGGGCAUUUUUUUUUCCCUUCCCUGCCAAGUCCACUGUGGUGUUUUCUAUAGAUCUUCACUGUUUAAGCCUGAGUUGCCCCUGAGCUGUGCCUGGAGGAAGACAGAUAUUUUGCACCUGUGUGAAUCUGGGACCCUAAAGGAGGGUAUCGCUGCACUCAUUAAAUGGAUAGCCUUGCUGACACUAACUAUUUAACAUUCCCCUCUGUGUGAUGUACCCUCCUCCAGUUUCCCCCUUUAUUGGCCAAACUUUCUAGUAUAGAAUAGGCUGGUGGGGGGAGUAUUUUUUCUCUUGUGGGUCAUUUUGUACCUGUUCAGCCUUUCCAAAAGAGGGUCAGAUGAGAUUCUGUAUCAGGAAACACAAAGCGAUAACCAGGGAGACUACAAAUAACUUGUUUUCAUCAGACUUGUGUAGAAGUAUCUGACUUUAAAUAUGUUCUAGUGUUUGUUUUUCAUCCUGUUUAACUCUGCAGAGUGUUAUUUCCCAUUACUAAUCAAAGAAUCUGUAAUCAUGUACUUGUAUGAUGCUUCUUGAACCUGUGCUGUCUUGGCAUUGACACUAAGGGUCAGUAGAGGGAAGCAGCAUACAUCUUCUGUCAGAAAAAGCUCAUUAAGACAGAACUUAUAGGGGUAGUUCUAGCAGUCUGUGCACGCUAGAGUCACACCAUGUUCAUUAUGUAACUGUAUUGAAAUACAUUUUUAAAAGUAGUUUCUUGAGCAAGCUUCCUUGUUUCCUGUCUGUACAAUUAUAAAUGGUGCUAUUAUCUCA